AUGCAGAACCAGAUACAAAACCAGCUGCAACAGAUCGUUCAAAUGCAACAGCGGAUGUUUCAGGUCCAGCAGCAAAUGCAGCGCCAGAUGGAUCAAAAUUUCGCCAACGUCCACACCACUCAACGUGCUAGCGAAUUUAAUUCCAUCGCCAGACUGCAGAACUCUGCUGCAAAGCACCAAGGGUCUACUCUUACUGCACUUCAUGACACGUUCACGAAUCUUGUUAUUCCUGGCUUCCCACAGACUUGCGCCGCCCUUGCCGCUCUGGACGAAGCCCAAAUUGACGCCAUCUUGACCGCCCUCGGACUGGAUCUCCUAGGUACUCUGGCCGAACGUCGAUCUCUCCUCGAAUUUUUCAUUGGGGUUCCAGACACAUAG